AUGGAUGUCCAGUUGUCCAUCAGCUUCCUGAGGGACAGACUGGGUGGGGCUAUUGAGGAGGCAGUGCGUACAGCAGUGGAGUCUGUGCUGUGGGACCAGCAGCAGGGCCUCUCCUCAUUGACCCAGAGGGACCAGGACACCCUGGGACUGAAGCAGAGGUUAGAGGCCCCCAGUGGGGGUGACUGGAGGGUGCAGGCUGGGUCUUCAGAGGCAUUCUGUAACACAGGACCGAGGGGGGGUGGUGGGCGUGGCAACAUUAAGAAUCCAAUGGGUCAAACCACUUGCUCAACCUCCCAAGCAUCACAAAGGACCACCGUGGAGCCCCAUCCCCAGGAGGUGGUGGAGGACUGUGCUGGACUGCCUGACCCAUUUGACCUUGUGUCGGCUGGGCCAGUGAUGGUGGACUUUGAAGAGGGUCAAGGCAUGGGGAUCCCAGAGGAGUGGGAGCUGAUGAACAGAGUGUACAAGACGGAGCACAAUGAAGACAUGGCCCUUAUUGACGGGGGUGCCACUCACUUUGCAGAUGACCACAGGCUGCAUGAAGGAGACCUGAGGACUGUGGCUGUGUCCCUGGAGGGAGAGAUGGCUGCCAAGCCCCAGGAUGCAUUGCACCCCUGCUUCAGCCCAGCCAACAUCAAAACAGAGCGGCCUGAUAUGGAGAGAUGCUGCAUGGCUGAGGAGGCCCUUGCUCUGCCUCUGCCUCAUCCUGCCAAUAGUGGUGUGGAGGCCGGUGAGUUUGGGCAGGAGCAGGUGGAGGCUGGUCCACAGGACUUUGUAGGUCGCCUGCGCCUGUGGCUGGAGCAGCUGUGUCCUGAGGUGGUGCGGGAGUACGAGAGGGAGGGCUGUCUGUGUGAGCUGUCCCGCAGAAAGCUCAUAAAGUUCUCCGUGUCCUUCAUCGUGGAGGAGUUUGGAUUCUACCCUACCUCUGCUCAGAAGACCAUGCUGGCAGAGCACAUAGUGGAACUCUUCCCAGGACUCAGACUCUGUGCACCCUCUGCUGGCAUCAAUGGCAUCGAACACUUGUACGACCCUUUGUCCCGUACGGGUUACAUUGAGACGCGCCUGCGCAACUCUCGACGCACCCUUGAAGACCACAAGAAGAAGUAUGUGCUGAAGAGGCGUCGGCCAGAGCCAGGUCUGUUGGACCCCGCUGGACCUCGAUCGGGACCUGGGCUCCUGGAGAGCCAGUCCAGUGAGGAGACGCAGAGGUGGGUGGAGCUGAUGAAGAAAACCAGGCCCCUGACCAGGAAUCUGCCUGCCAUACACGGUGCUAUGGACCUCACAUUCAACGCACGCAGGAGGUGGAUCAGCAACACACGGCCUAGUAUGAGGGCUGUGUUGGCCGAGUACCCACGUUUUCUUGAUGUACCCGCCACGAUUGACCUGGAGUUUGAGAGGAUGUUCCCAGGUAAAGGCCACUCUUUCCUGGCCCAGUGGUCGUCUUUCGUGUUGCCCAGGUUGUACCAGAUCGCAGAGUGCGAAAAACACCCAGACAUCUCAGCACUUCUCCAACUGGCUACCACACAGCAAGGAGACUCCUACACCCUGACUAUGCUGAAGGUCCUGAUCUAUGUACUACCACCAACAAACACCAGUAGAGCCUCCUUACCCUCCAGGAGCAGUGUCAGGCAGGCCAUUCGGUAUCUGGUGGACAUUGUACCGAUGGACACCGAGGUGUCCUCCUUAUUCUGUGACCCUACCUCCUUGGAGGGCCCAGAGUCUGCCUCCCACGCUCAGCCCUACAUAGUGAGCGUGGGGCCCCUGGAGGCCCCUGGCCGGCAGCUUUGCAUCGUGUUCCCCGUUGAUAGGAUGGCAAUCCCCCUGCCUCAGGAGGGCCUGAGCAAUGCACUGGACAAGCUUUUCAAGCUUCUGCGUGUGUUUCAACAGGGGUACCCAGAUCAGCUAGCCUCCCUGUAUAGUUUCCUUGAGCACCUCUAUGGGCUGGAGAUGACCCCACGAGAUAACCAUGACUCCCCCAGUGGCAAGGGAUCAAAAGUGCUUGAACUUUUAUCACGGCUCCACAUGCCCUCCUGACAGAAGGCGUAGGUCUACACAUGAAUUGAAUUCGCCCCACAGACUUAACUUUUCCUUUGUAUUUUUUUGUAUUGCAAUUUUAUCAUAGCCAUCCUUUACAGAACACGUCCUUUACUAUGUUCUGAAUUUUCCCCCAAAUAAAAAGUAUGUCAGAAUGAACUAAACAAUGCUGAUGGAACACUGGUGUGUACCAGUACCAGUCAAAAGUUCGGACACCUACUUAUUCAAGGGUUUUUUGUUAUUUUUACUAUUUUCUACAUUGUAGAAUAAUAGUGAAGAUAAACUAUGAAAUAAAAUAUGGAAUCGUGUAGUAACCAAAAAAGUGUCAAACAAAUCAAAAUAUGAGAUUCUUCAAAGUAGCCACCCUUUGCCUUGACAGCUUUGCACACACUUGGCAUUCUCUCAACCAGCUUCAUGAGGUUGUCACCUGGAAUGCAUUUCAAUUAACAUGUGUGCCCUGUUAAUUUAAGGAAUUUAUUUCCUUAAUGCGUUUGAGCCAAUCAAUUGUGUUGUGACAAGGUAGGGGUGGUAUACAGAAGGUAGCCCUAUUUUGUAAAAGACCAAGUUAAUAUUAUUGCAAGAAUUGCUCAAAUAAGCAAAGAGAAAUGACCGUCCAUCAUUACUUUAAGACAUGAAGGUCAGUCAAUCUGGAAAGUUUCAAAAACUGAAAGCUUCUUCAAGUGCAUUCGCAAAAACCAAGUUCUAUGAUGAAACUGGCUCUCAUGAGGACCGCCACAGGAAAGGACGUUUCACUUCCUUACUUACACUACCGUUCAAAAGUUCGAGGGUCACUUAGAAAUGUCCUUGUUUUUUAAAGAAAAACUUUUUUUUUUGGUCCAUUUUUAAAAUAACAUCAAAUUGAUCAGAAAUACAGUGUAGACAUUGUUAAUGUUGUAAAUGAGAUGCCCCGGUGCACAACUGAGCAAGAGGACAAGUAAAUUAGUGUCUAGUUUGAGAAACAGACACCUCAACUGGCAGCUUCAUUAAAUAGUACGUGAAAAACACCAGUCAACAUCAACAGUGAAGAGGCAACUCCAGGAUGCUUGCCUUCUAGGCAGAGUUGCAAAGAAAAAGCCAUAUCUCUUGGCCGAUAAUAAGAAAAGAUGGGCAAAAAAACACAUACUGGACAGGAAGAUUGGAAAAAAGUGUUAUGGAAGGACAAAUCUAAGUUUGAAGUGUUCAGAUCACAAAGAAGAACGUGAGAUGCAGAAAAGAUGCUGGAGGAGUGCUUGACGCCAUCUGUCAAGCAUGGUGGAGGUAAUGUGAUUGUCUGGGGUGCUUUGGUGGUUGUGAAGUGGGAGAUUUCUAAAGGGUAAAAGGGAUCUUGAAGAAGAAAGGCUAUCACUCCAUUUUGCAACGCCAUGCCAUACCCUGUGGACGGCACUCAAUUGGAGCAAAUUUCUUCCUAUGACAGGACAAUGACCCAAAGCACAGCUCCAAACUAUGCAAGAACUAUUUAGGGAAGCAGUCAGCUGGUAUUAUGUCUAUAAUGGAGUGUCCAGCACAGUCACUGGAUCUCAACCCUAUUGAGCUGUUGUGGGAGCAGCUUGACCGUACGGUACGUAAGAAGUGCCCAUCAUGCCAAUCCAACUUGUGGGAGGUGCUUCAGGGAGCAUGGGGUGAAAUCUCUUCAGAUUACCUCAACAAAUUGACAGCUAGAAUGCCAGAGGUCUGCAAGACUGUAAUUGCUGCAAAUGGAGGAUUCUUUGAAGGAAAAUAGUAAAAAGAAAGUCAAAUCCUUGAGUGUGUAGGUGUGUCUUAACUUUUAACUGGUGCUGUAUAUUCAAUGCAAUGAAAAUACUUGCAUAAAACUAACAUCUUGUAUGAAUUUUCUGUGGGGAAACAAUACCGUAUUUUGUACUUUGGGAUACCUUUUCAGUUUUUGCACAAUUGAUUUAGUAUUUAACUUCCUCAUGAUACUGUUGUUUUUUAAAAUAAAAAAAUAUGAAUGUU